AUGCAUCAAGCAGCAACAGCCAUUUCAUCUGUCAAAGUCAAGUUCCAAAGUUGCUUCCCUGUAUCCAAAUUGACCGCUUUUGCUUAUGCUUCCCAUGACUUGCCAGGACUCCAGGAGUAUUCUUCCUGGGGGUUAUUGAACCCUCUGAACACGAUGGUCGAGCUGGAUUUCCCAGAAAAAAUCGCGUUCUUGAGAUAUGCAAGGUCCCCCUCCCCCCCUACCUCCCAUAUCUUGAUAUUAUACUGUGCCUGGUGUUUUUCGAUCAUACAAAUCGAUUGGGAAUGGUCCCAGAGUGGCUUGAGCCUGUCUGAAAUGAAAUAUACUUCCCAUGACUUGCCAGGACUCCAAAAGCAUUUUUCCCGAGGGCUCUUGAACCCUCUGAACACGAUGGUCGAGCCAGAUUUCUUAGAAAAAAUCACGUUCUUGAGAUGUGCAAAGUUAGGGUUAGAGUUAGGGUUAGAGUUAGGGUUAGAGUUAGGGUUAGAGUUAGGGUUAGAGUUAGGGUUAG